AACCCAACGAUGGCGGUGCCGGCGCCCAGCAAAGCAUCUGUGCCCAGCCCUGCUCCGAAGCCGCCCAAGCCGGGCAUUGACAUAUUCACUCAGAUUUGGCCUCGAAAGAAACGGAAGGGCCGGAAACGUCGAGGCCACAAUCCACCUGCACGCUAUGGGUUGCUGAGAAAUUUCUUUGCAUACAUUCCGAAAUGGUUAGCUUCGCUACAAUAUCGGCUGGUGAUGAUGGUGGACUCCCUCUCUCACACGGUGCUAUUUGUGCUGGUGCUUGCAGAACUGCUAGGACUGGACAUCUUGAGCGGAAGAUCGCGCUCCGUGUUGGCGCGGCCUUUGGGCUCCGCGCGACGUUUGCUGUCGCUGGCCUAUGACAGUUCCUUGGGAAUCGUUCAACUGCUGCUGACAGCGCCACGGCUCUUCUUCGCGUUUCCAAAUGAUGAUGUGAUGGUCAUCCUCAGGCGAGUUGCGAUCUUGCAGUGCUGUUUGGGAUCCUCCCUCCACUACUCCUCAGUGGUGCGCUGGAAGACCCGAAGUUGUGAGUAUCGAGUACCGCCAUUGCUGAUUUUGGUGGCGUACUUCCUGUUGCCCUGGACCACCCUUUGCGGUUUUCUGCUGCUCGUGCGACCGGGGGACCACAAAGUGGGCAGCGUCACUAUGGACCUGUUGGUUUUGGCUGCUUUUGCUGCCCUCCGCGUGGGCCUCUUUGGGAGAUAUGGCAGGCCUCGGAUGCCGCGAGCACCACAGCCCUGGUGGAUGCGGCUAGUUGAUGCUGCAGUGCUGGGAUCCAUCAUGCUCUUCCUGGAGCUUGGCCUCUUGCGAAAUGCAUGGAUCGAGCGGCGCAAGAAUUGGAAAUACGUCUUCGCUGGCCUCUUGCUGGCGUUGCCUGUGCCGUUCUGGCGCUACCUGCUACGAUUUUUCCGAGAAGAGAGGGAUGGGGUGAAGAAGGCCAAGGGAGCACUCAAGGCGGAUCGAGCGGAUCGAGUCACCAGAGAGGAUGUCCGAGCCGAUAUCUAUGGAAAGCUACGACCCGGUGUGCCCAUCGGAGCGGACAUUCCAUCGGAUGUCCCCGAGAAACUUCGUGCCCGUCGUGUCUUCCAGGGAGCCAAAGCUGGGCGGGAGGCUGCUCCAGCUGUGCCAAAGUUGCCAGUGCUCGGAUUGCAGGCCUCACCCACCCGUUCCAAAGCUGGUUCUGAUGGGUGAAAAAAA